AUGGUCGUCAAGGUUGACCUUGAAUGCGAGAUAUGCAACAAGAAGAUCAGAAGGGUCCUCCACAAGAUCAAAGACAAGAUGAACAUCAAUACUAUCUCCUUUGAUGAAAAGAGGAAUCUCGUGACCAUCUCUGGCCCGUUCGACGCCGAGAAGGUCCGUCGGAAGCUCUCCUGGGAGGCUGGCUGGAUCAUCAAGGGUAUAGACGUCAAAGCGCCCGAGGAGAAGAAGACCGAGGAGAAGAAGGACGGAGGCAUUGAAAAGGAGGAGCACGGAAGAAAGACGGCUGCGGCGCCCGCGGUCAACCUCCGCCCGCUGCUGGAGAAGAUGUUGGAGCGCCCCAAUGCCAGGACCCAGCCGGCCCCCUGCACCUGCUGCUGCGGCUGCAGCUGCGGCAAGCAGACCACGCAGCCGCCAGCAGCGCAGGUCGUCGUGCCCGCGCCGGCUAGCUCCGUCUCCGGCCAUGGCUAA